AUGGGUACAUGCACUUCUAAAGAAGACCAGGCCGCUACUAAUAAGCCAGUUCACAUCAGAGUUCCAGAUUUUGACUAUCUCAACCGUGCCAAAAAAUUGAUCUGUCACGUGACGCCAGAAUCGGUCGAAAAGCACCAGUUUAAGUCAAAAAUCAAAAUCCGAGCUGACUCUACCGUUGGCUAUCUUUCAAACGACAGAAUGAUGGUUGUUGGAGGCAGCGACAGUUCUGGAUACUCUACAAACAAUGCUUGCAUCAUUGAUAACAAAAAUAAAAGCGCGACUAUAAUUGCUCGGCUUCCAAUUUCUGCUAAGGAAGGAGCUCUAUUGGAAUAUAAUGAGUGGGUAUUUUAUGUUGGAGCUGUCAUAGAAGAUGAAGAAUCCAUAUUAUACUUAGUUAUCAAGAAUAGUCCAUUAAGGAACAUUUUUUGGUUGGCCAGGCAAUAAGCUGGCUUGCCAAAUUCGUAGGCGCCAUAUUUUCUGGCUAGCCAAAUUUAAGAAUGGCGAACCAAAAAAUGCUCCUUAGUGGGAUAUUCUUGGCAAAAAGGUAUAGGAGUUUCUGGAGCUCCAGUUAUGAGAUAUAAUCUAAAUGAAAAUUACUGGGAAGUAUUUAUCCAUGAAGAAAAAAAGAAAAAAUCUAGGCACCAUGAAGACGAGCCCAACCCCAAUAUAAAAGAAUUCAGGCUCAAAGAUUUAUUGUAUCCUGGGUGCUUUAUUAUUCACUCAAAAAUCUAUUUUGUUGGUGGACAAAGAAUCAACUCAAAAGGGAAGCUUAGGUCAAGCAAAAAGAUGUUUUCGCUAGACUGUAAAAACCUUAAAGUGAAAAAAGAAGAUAUUAGAUUGCCUAUAAAAGUUAUUAAGCCAGUUUGUGCAUCAGGAUCUGGGCAUGCUAUUAUCGCAGGAGGAGAAAAUCCUAAAACUAAAAAACAUAGCCAGUACUGCUAUCUGUUUUCUCUUGAUCCUCAGCCAGAUUUCAAACUUAUGGAAGUCAUUGGCUUUUCACUCACAGAAGAAUAUCCAGCUAUUUAUAUCCCAGGUAGAGGGCCAAUAUUUAUUAACUACCCAGGAGCUGCGUUUAAAGACAAACACGCUGCUAAUUGGCAUCGUUUAGAUAUCGCCAAAAUUGCCAAUGAUGACGAUAACCAAAUCAUUAGCCACCACAAAUAUACAGUAGAAAAAGCGACUUCAAGUGAAGACCCUCACGAAACUUAUAUGAAAAUGUCUGUAGAAGUCGAAAAAUCAGAAAAAAAGCAGAAAAAAGUAGAAACAAAACAAAUUGACACAAAAAUCGAGGUCGGGAAAGAAAAUGGUAAAAAAGGUGCAUUGGAGGAGCCUGAAGCUGAAGCAGAGGUAAAUGCUGGGAAAAAAGGUGGAAAAAUGAAGGUCCAGUUUGAAGAAAACUCAGAGGUAAAGGUGAGCAAAAGGAAAAAGAAGAUAGAGGUAGAAGUUGAACAAGAAAUAAUCGAAAAUAAUGAAGAAGAGGAAAGAGUGGAAAAGAAAAAAAAGAAGAGAAAGCAUCAUUCGAAAGGAAGCUCUGAUGAAAAUAAUGCAGCAGUUGAAGUAGAUGCUGAAAUUCCAGGCCUAAAAGCAGGCAAAGCUCCUGUAUUUAAAGCUGAGGUCAAGGUAUCGAAGAAGAAAAAACAUUCUGAAGACUAG